UCCAUCCGUCUAUCCAUUUUCUAAACACUUAUUGCAGGUCAGGGUUGCAGGUGGGACCUAACGUGUGUCUUGUAUAUGGAUGAAAAAGCGAGUACAUGUACAUCCGUGUGUAUACCGUGAAAUGCCUUUAUUCUACCAAUGCUGCGAUCAAGUAAAUUUAAUCCCACUGCGUAUUAAAAGUGAAGGAUUUCGUCAUCGUUAACAUUUUAACUGGUGAAGGGCCGGCUUUGCGACUCACCGGGUAUCCAGGAGGGGGCGUACGCGGACGCAGUUCCCCCACUAUCCCCUCCCACGUAGGACAAUGGGAGUGCGAGCGCGAUUGCAGGGGAGUGGGCAUGCGAGACAGCGAUCUGCGAGCUUUCAGUACCGAGCCCAGAAACAACAUGGACGUAUGGCCGCUUGCUCGACGAUGCUGAUGUCGCCGUGAGAAUGUCAGCUCUGCCCAUGUCGCGUUUUCUUUUACUUUUCCUCCUCCUGAACAACCUCUGGAAAAAAACACUCGCUAAAUCCAUCCCGGAUCUGGGAGCGAUUGAGGUGCUGAUCAAAGUUCAGGUUUUUGACAACAGUGACCUUUCACCUCUGGCGGGUGCUGCUGUCGAGAUUUACGGGAACCAGUCCACGCUGGCAUCUAGCAAGGCUGGCAGCGAUGGUGUCGUCAUGGCUACCUUCGUAUACCGUCCGGGAACGCGGGUGAUCGUCACCGCAGCUAAACAGGGCUACGUCACCAACUCGGCCCCCUGGCAUGCUAACCGUGUCCCCUUAUAUGCCUCCGUCAGCCUCUACCUGCUGCCUCAGAGGCCGGCCACGCUCAUCCUCUACGACGACGUGGUCCAGAUGCUGCUGGGAUCACCAGGAGGCAGAAUCCAACCUUGGGUGCAGUUUCAGAGGAAGGCCAUCCCACUGUCCCUCAACUCCUCCUACACCAACCUGGUGGCUAUGCUGACGGCGGCCAAGAGCCAGUACGAGAUGGGAGGCUUCCCCUACCCACUGGGCCGGGAGGGCAAUGGCACAGCCGGAGAUGGCGGCUGGGUGGAGCUGACAGCGGUGGGUGCGGUCAGCACCCGCCUCUCCACCCGCGACGGCAGCACCCUCCACGUGUCGGACCCCGUGCACGUCUCCGUCCCGCUGCCCCCCGACACCCCCCUCAAGGGGGCCACCAGCGUGCCUGUUUGGAGAUUUGAAGCCAGCACAGGUCUCUGGAUCAGGAACGGCACAGGAUACAUUAAGAAAGAGGGAGUGCAGAUGAUCUGGAGCUUCGUCGCCCCUCAGCUGGGCUACUGGCUGGCAGCCUUCCCCUCAAGCUCAGCAGGUCUGGCUCUGAACCCCUCUGGCUUACGCGACAUCACCACGUACCACACCAUCUUUCUCCUCGCCAUCUUGGGCUCCUUGGCCUUGCUGGUGCUCAUCCUGCUCUGCCUGCUGCUGUACUAUUGCAGGAGGAGGUGUUUGAAGCCCCGGCAGCAACAUCGUAAGAUGCACGUUGCCUCCACGCUGGAGGCCUUAAAGCAGGACCAGGGCACCUCAACCUCACACCUCAACCUCAUCAGCAGCAGCCGUAUCGAGUCGGCCUCCUCCAAUGGCAACCUGGACGCAGGCAAAGCCGACCUCUCCUCGCGGGAGGAAUACUUCCGCCACAUCCCCACCCAGAAGGUGCGUCAGUCGACGGUCAACGUGGAUGUGGCCGCCCGACACGGGGAGAGUUUCCCCAUGAAGGUGACUCACUCGACUGAAACCAACAACCUGGACGCUCCACGGCGAGAUGACAGACAUCAUUUCCACAUCGCAAACGAUAACAGGGCCUACUCCUCCGAUCCCCCUUCUCCUCCUUCUUUCAGUUGCCACUACCAGGACCCCGGUCAUAACGGCCGACCCCCUGAAUAUUCCAUGUCGCAGGCUUCAGAGCCCAUGGUCCGUCCCACCUCCCUGAACACCCAACCCGGUCAGCUCAUCUUUUGUAGUUCCAUGGACCAAAUGAAGGAAAGUAUGUACCGGAGCGUGGUGCCAACUUUGGUCAUCCCAGCCCACUACAUGCAGCUCUCCACAGACUUCUCUGGCGUGGAGCAAGCUUUGGAGCAGCAACAGCAGCAGCAGCAUGACCGAGAAGGGAUCCAGGUGAGCGUGACCCUGCCCCGGCAGACAGCAUCUCAUCAGCAGCAGCAGGGCCUGCAACAGCAGAUAACCGGCCAGCAGGGGGAGCCGUCGGGCUCCGUUCGUAUUCCCGUGCUGUUCGACGACUCCACUAUGGCCCAGAUGAACGGCGAGCUGCAAGCUUUGACGGAGAAGAAACUGCUGGAGCUUGGGGUGAAGCCCCACCCUCGGGCCUGGUUCGUGUCCUUGGAUGGACGGUCUAAUUCUCUGGUGCGGCAUUCCUACAUCGAGCUUGGAAAUGAACGUGGCGCCAGUGGCUCAGAGUCCAGGCUGGAGAUGCGUGACGGCAGACCGCAGCCCCGAAAAGUGAAGGAGGAACGAAGCGGUGGCGGGGAGAGGAAGGGUCAUGGAGGCAAGGCGUACUCCAAGCUUGCCUGCAUGGAUGACACAGAGCCCAGUAGCAGUGACAGCCGCACUGGGAUGUGCUCGCCGGAAGACAACUCCCUCACCCCGCUUCUAGACGAGGCUCCCGAGCCCAGAGGGGCUACCUUCCCCCGGCCGAGUCGCAGCCGGGGCAACAGCUCGAGGAGCGCCGACAGCGAGAACCGCCGCGGCUCCGUCACUAGCCCCGAGGAGAACAUCGAAGUCGAUGACAAGGACGAUGAGGGCGAGAACAAGAAGAGUCCAUGGCAGAAGCGCGAGGAAAGGCCCCUCAUGGUCUUCAACGUCAAGUAAGGUCUUCAGAAGCCAUUUUGUAAAAGUUUACGGUUAUCCCCUUGGGAACAUCUCAAACCUCGUGCCCUUCAAUUGUGUCAUUGAAGUCUUUGCUGUAAAUGGUCUGUAAGUUGGAUCAAAGGAGAAUAAAGAAAAUCGCACUUACUUAAAUCUAAGGCACAAAGCACAACUGUGAACUGGACCAACAUCUGAAAGCCUUCCUUUCUAAUUGUCGUUGUCCUUCAUGCUGGGGACUGAUCACCUUAACCACACUCCUGUGUAUUGGAUGCCUUUCAAAUUGUUUGUUUGUUGUCAUUUCUGUGGCCACCAACCUUGAGCAAAGUCGGCAUUUACGCUUUGUGUUCGUGUGACAUGAGAGGAAAUCAAGACAUAAAACAGAAAACCGAUUUUCAUUCAAAGUGUCUGUCAGAAUGUGAGCCGUUUUUAACAUUCUCUCCUUUUGAAGGUAACGCCACAUGUUAAUUCGAAAAUUCAUCACCUGCCACUGCUGUUUUUUUUUUUUUUUUUUUUUUUUUUAAACAUAACCUGCUCUUCACCUCAUUGGUGAAACAUUUUGUAUUGACUUUGGGAGCAAGCAGCAGGCCUAAUAGACGUGUUUAUUCCUAUGGAAAGAAAAAUAAAACUUUUUUUCUGUCAGCAAGCAGGCGAAGGAAGGAGUGUAGAUAAUCCAAUUUUUUUAAGGAUUGCUGUUUUUUUGUUUUUUUUUUUGUUUUUUUCCUGAAACGGGAGCUAAAUGACUUGAGCAGCUGGAGAGAGAGAAAGGAACUUCCGGUCAGAUUAAACAAAGUGAAGAUAUGCCAAACUCUUUUCAUCAGACCGGAUUGUCCCGUGAAUUUGUUUUUGUUUGAGUAGCAGGUUGCUGGUGGGGGGUCGGGAGUCUUUCAUUUGGAAGUGCUGCAGAGGUCUGAAGGUCUGCAGCUCUGCUCAAUCUUUUGUUCAACUGAAUUUUCUUUACUAGUACUGGUGGCAUCGAAGCAAGGAAAAAACACCUUCAUUUCCUGUUUGCUGAGCUGGGUGGUGCAGUUUAACAUUAGAACAAAGCCACUUAACUGUCUCUGUGCGUUCCAGUUGUUGCCUCGGUUACUGGCAGUAACCCUUCCUGUGAAAAUCUUGAUGAAAUUGCUAAAGGUAUCGCACUGUCGGGUCUCCUCCAGCACUUUUUAGGCGAGAGGCUGUGCCAGGACUAAAACCGGUACCAUGCCUAGGUUUUCAUUUACCGGGGGAGUUAUCUUACAAAUAAAGUAACGGGGAAUAUUAUGAAGAACAAAAUCUGGAAUAUCAUUAAGUGUAGUGGUUUAAAACAACUGAACCGCACUCCGCAUAUGCCACUCAGAACCCUAUUUGCUUAGCUGAUAAAUUUAAGAACAACGGAAAUAUUCCUUUGGUAUACGCAUACACACAAUAAAAACAAUAGUAGUUACAUUUUAUAUAUGACAGUUCGAAGUACAAGAAUUUGAAGUGUUCUGAAUUUUCUAUAAUCGAAUUUGACUGCAGAGAGAUCGAGUAUCUACUUCAAUAUAACCCUCUGACUUUAUUUUGAACCAUCUAAUAUUACAUUUUUAUUUUUUUUUCAACGGCAUUUCUACAUUUUUGUACGCAAGUUUUUUUUUUAAGAAAUAAAUGUUUAAUAUACAAAAUUCAGCAGGGUGUAAGAAAAAAAGUCACAUGUUUGCAGUUAAGUGUGUUUUACAACUUUUGGUUUUAGGUGCUUUGUGGUAAUCAGUUCCCUCGAAUCACUUUCCAAUAGUACACCCCUCCUGGUUUGCCUGACCAAAAAGAAGCAAACCAGAAAAAAGAGCGUUCGUUCUCGGUCGUCUUUGGCUUUGUAUUUUUGCAUGAGCGCUGAGUUAUCCGACAAUGCCUUUGCUUCAAGAAUUCUAGGCUUACCUGGAACUGCUUGGCCCUUUACCAUAAUGGUGAGCCCCCGAAGCCCCGCCUUUCUCUAGUCGGUCAUCAGUAAAUACUUGUGACAAAAUACUAAUAAUCUAUUAAUGAGUGGAAACAAUUCGCCGAUGUAGUGCGAGCGGUCCUCGGCUUAAGAACGUCCGAUUUACGGACAUCUCGUACUUACGAACGGACUGCCACAAAGCCUGUUCUAUUAAAACUUCGGGUAAAAUGCAAUGGUUCGUAAUAACGAACGCACGCGCUAUUUGUGACGCUCGUGAAAACAUCGCGCGACUUCAACGGUUCGUCAGCUCGAGGUACAGUACAGUACCGUAUGUAGGCUUAGUUACUAUUAUUAUCACUGUAUUAUUAUUAUUCCGACAUACCUACAGACUUGGGGGACGGAUCUCGCUGGUAACCUGCGCACUGCCCGUACUCCCGUCCUGGGAGUUGAGAAGGAGCUGAUACCGAUGCCCGAGUUGCUCUCCUCGGGCUGAGAGCUGAGUGAGGUCCGCCCCUGCUCACUCGUAAUAGAUGUACAGCUAAAAUAUAUAGAAUCUGGAUUAGAUAGUAUUUGAAAUAUAAAGAUGUUAAACACAGGAUUUGUUCAUUAAUUUUAAAUGUGGAAAAAUAUUGUACUUUUCUGUAGCAUGGUUCAUGUUACAAAAUUGAAAUGCCAAAAUGCUGCAAUGCACCAAUUGCCCAGCAGAGGACGCUGCAGUCUGAAAUUCCUUCGGAAUUGUUUAUGGAACUUCAUCCCCCAAAAAUCGUGUUCCCCAGUUCGUUUUUACAAAGGACUGUGGGGUGUCAAACUCCAGUGAAACAACCAAUGAAUAUUAACCAGAAGAACGCAAGGUCUUGAACACAAUUAUGUAGAUUACAACCAGAAAUUCGAAUCGUUUGUCUCGAAAUUGAUUAAUUGGCUGAAAUACAAUUAUAAGCACAUACAGCUCUAUUAAAUUUGUAUGGUUUACCAGUAAAAAAAAAGUAUACAUUUCUACAUUUUAAAAUAAGCUUUUGUCAGGACUGGUCCUGAGUGUUCAGGUGCCAUAGGCCAGACUAUGCCCAGCACAUAUUCACCAUAUUUCUGCUCUGUUUGAGCUGCCCUGGUCUCCUACAAAUGACUUGACUGUGUAGGUGAAAAUGUCUGGGGGCAAGUUCAUUUGCAAAGUUUUGGGCGUGACAAGCUCACAGAAAGGGACCUGAUCAUCUAACAUUACUACCUAACCUGAAGGGCAGAAAAUUCCACCAGCAGUCUGCCAGCAUCUAAUCGAAAGCCUUCCCAGAAACAUAGCGAUUGGUUGGACAUGAUGGCGUCCACAUGCAUUUGACCAUAUAGUACAAUGAUUUGUGACCAGCUCCUCGGGGACCCCAGACAGUCUGCAUUUUUGCCCCCUCCCAGCUCCCAGGAAAACAAGAACUGGGGGUCCCCGGGGGCCGGGUUGGGAAACACUGAUGUAGUGCAUGUAUAGGACUGCCUGUUCAACAUCACUGGCCUGGAAAACCAGCAGAAGUUUUACACAGGCCACAUAUCCUUUAACAAGGUAUCGUGGAGACAAAGUAUUUUCACAUUACAGUAAAGUUUCUGCCUUGACUCUGGUAUGACUGCACUGUAGUACUGUGUUAACCACUGUGAGGCAGAAGCAGGGGUGGAGUAAAGCUGUAGGUUUGGUUCCUUGAAUUAAAUCUUUUCGAGCCAUUGCUUUUUGCACGGAUGUAAGCGAGUCUCUGUUUUUGGUUUCUGUCAGCUCCCGAAAAGCCAUGUGCAUUGUGGCUUCCCAUGCAGCAGGGGAUCAUGGUCUUUUUGAGUCCAUUUUCUCUCUCUUGAUUCACCGUGGCAGGUAAACCAUUUCCCAAUUCCUCUUUUAUGUACUUAAUUUUUUUAAAAACUCCUUAUCACCAUCAGCAGUUGUGGUUCUAUUUUUUUAAGAAAUGAGAAGGGGAAACGUUUGUCAGCUCCCGGGCAAUUUUUCCGCAACAUGUGCAAGUGUCAACCUUGUCACAGCACCCGUGCAGGACUGUGUAGAAUAGUAACCGCAUGGCUACAUCACGUGUAAUUUUGUCCAGCUGUUGCUGAAUUCAGCUGUAGAAAAACGCCAAAGGAAAGUGUUAUUGCGGAUUGUUUGACUGUUGUUGCUGCGUAAGAUAACGCAUAAUAAAACGUUGGCACUUUUCUCUUAUCUGUGGUAAAUAGAAUUGUUUUAUUGUUCAAGAUGGGGUUUUACAUUAUUUUUUUUUUUAAGAUAUUGUCAAUCUUCAUAUUCCAUUCAGCAAAAGGGGAAAGGCUUCAAUCCAUCUUAACAGUGCCAAAUUACCACCCUAUGCCAUCUAUCUGAUUGGAGACCUGAAAUGAAUGAACCUUUUUCACCGGUAGGCCUCCCAUCUGCAUUUUGGUGCCUUAGUUUCCAGCCACUUGUACUACAGCCAAUCAGAUUACUCCCCCGUCUCACACAAACAUUUUUUCCAUGCAGAUUAAAACAGAAAUAUGUGCCUGUUCCAGCCUGCACACGGAAAUAGGUUAUUUUUUUGCCAUUAUCUAGACACUGUAAGCAACCAUUACUUGAUGGAAUUGCCACUCCACAAGGAAGUUUAAAUAUUUUGACAAUAAACUUUUUAUCCAUAAAUGUAACAAAAUUAUAAUGUUAAAAAUUCACAGGGAUAGUUGUAUAUAUUUUAUAAGGGUUGUUUUUUUUUCUUUUUUGUCCUUUGUGGUUAAAUCACUGGUGUCUCCUUGCUCGGCAAAAUAUUGAGCAAUUUCUGAGGAGAUAUUACUUCGUCAAAAUUCUCCACCAGGGGGCAAAAUUGGACAAAUAUGGGAAGUUUCAGGCGGCUCAGGCUUGGAAGAAGGCAUUGUUUGAUAUUUUUGUAUAAUUUAUGUUGCUGUUUUGUAUAAUAAGAAGGUGUGGUGUAAUUCGCCAAACACUGGCAACACAGAAAGCAAAACGAUGUCCUGUAUGCUUGACUUGACAAAUACCACUCGGUUUCCUCUCACCUUUUUUGUGUGUGAACUUUGAAGUACUUUAUGCUCGUUCUUAUUAAAAAUGUUAAAAUUCAAAGAUUAAAGCAUUUAACAAUUAA